UAUUAACAACAACAACAACAGCAACAACGAAAACAAUAUGACAUUCAAUCUUAUAACCGGCAACAGUUCCUUCAUAAAUGAUCUCUUCGCCUACGAUGCCAAUCUAAUUGUGCCAGUUACAGCCAGUUUAGUACACCAAAGUGCAAGUAACAGCAUAUCUGACUCUACCUUACCUGCUUUCGCCACACCCUCUAACGUCUGCGUGAAUACGAGCUAUGAUGAUGGUAGCAAUUGGCAAGCAACGGAUCUUCUCGAGCUCGAUCAUCGUUAUAAUUCUGGUUUACAAACCGAAAUCGCGCAUCUACAUCCGACCGUUUCACUGAAGGCAAUGGAGGAGAGUACACUUAGCGUCAUACAACAGGAUCCCACACGCCUACCACAGUCACACCACUCGCAGCAGCAGCAACAACAGCAUCAACAAACUCCCAAUCAAACACAAUUUCUAGUUCCUGAGAAACAAGUGUCAAGUAUAUCAUCGAAUGUGGGGCUGAAUCGGUAUCGACCAACUAUCGCUGGAUCAUCACAAACACCACAAAGUCAGUUAUCUAAUGUAUUAACCGAUCAGGAGGCGGAUUUUGAAGAUAAAAAUCUUUCAUGGUUAUUGAAUUUUAAAUUCGAUGAAUUUCCUCAUCUCUCACCUGAUUUGGGUGGCACCAACAAUAAUAAUUUGCCGCCAGUCGCCUUAGGGAAUAGCAUGCAAACCCAUAAUGUGAGCUCACCUACAUCUUCUUCACACAAAUCAAACUCCUGCUCGCCGCAUUCAUCGUCAACACAGCAAGCGUUCAAUGAUUAUACGCGUUCACCAAAAAGUUCUACUAAAGCGGGUAGAAAGUUCGAGGAGCUUGUUAUGGAAGUUACUGCCGAAGUGGAUGGGAAUGAUAUGAUGGUUGCCGAAAAUGUUGUCGUGGAAAACUCACCACAGAGAGCGCCAAAGAAACCACCAUUUACGUAUACAGAACUCAUUGAAUACGCCCUCGAGGAUAAGGGUGAACUAACGGUUUCUGGAAUAUAUCAAUGGAUAUCCGAUCGGUUCCCAUACUACAAAUCAAACGAUGAUCGUUGGAAGAAUUCGGUACGGCAUAACCUCUCCAUAAAUCCACAUUUUCGCAAGGGGCUCAAAGCCCCACAAGGAGCCGGACAUUUAUGGACAAUUUCCAGCGGAGAUUCCGCGGAGAAUGUGCUGGCGUGGGAGCAUAAGAAACAGCGACUGGACUUAUUCUUCAAAAUGGAGUCUAUGAAUCGUGAACGCCUGCAACAACAUCAACAGCAAUUGCAACAACAUCAGGGCUGCACUUCACCGCAUCCGGAUUGCCAACAACAACAACAGCAACAGCAGCAUCAACAACAACAGCAGCAUCAACAACAACAACAACAGUCCUGCGUCUACGACGAAGCUGCAACAGCAGCGGCCACCAUCGCACGUGAAUUAUUGAACAACAACGCCGACGAUGGCGGCAACAACAUGGCGGACAACAACAAUCAUAGACUGGAGAGCACGCAUUUGGUGCAUGAAUUGCCAUUCAACGAUUUGAUGAGCGAUGAAGAGCUCCGUAAGACGGCUGGACAAAUACUCAAUGGCAUUCAUCGGGAAGUUGAGGUGCAAUCGGUGAACUCGAUUAUUAGCACCUACCACGAUGUACUCCUAGAUAAUGAAGACUACCUUAAUCCCAUACACAAAGAUGUCGCUGUACACGAGAGUGGACUACGCAGCACGAACGCAACACAACUCCCUACCAGCUCCUACAUACAAGCGCACAAUUCAACAAGCUCCCAGUACUAUGUCACUGAAAUCGAUCCGCUGGAAUUGGGCAUACAAAUGUCACAUCAAGUGGGCGCUGAGGAGGUGCUCUUCAGUGAUGAGUUCAAUUUGAAUUACUUUGGCUAUAAUGGCGGCAAUGAUAUUGUUGCUUGACCGCCAGCAUCGGCAGCGUCAGCGUCAUCGUCAUCGUGUAAUGGCCCGGUUGACACAGCGCCGAUUAUAAGUGUGACUGCCGUAGCGGGUCGUGUCAGCUCGAUUGCGGCUCUCGAUAAUGGCUCACCUUCAGAGCACUUGGGUAGGCGAUCAGUUGUCCAAGCCUACGGUCAGCAAAAGCAAUAGUCGAAGUAUCAUAGUUGUAAUGUUAGUACUAUAUUAUACGAGUAUGUAGUUGGUAUGUGUAUGUGUUAAACGUCUAACAAUCAUUUCUAGUCACUAAAUAAUGAGCCGUUAUUCGAGGCUACAAUUUACCAAAGAUACAUAUAAAAAAAUUAGCAAUUUAAUAAUAAUCAAAUUUUG